AGAGCCAGGAAAAAACAUUUAGGAGAAGCUUCCAGUUUUAUACCACAGUUUUUCAUCAGGUCUUUCAAAAUGCUAUUGUUCACAAAUGAAAAGUGCAUGCCGUAUGAUAGAAAACCCCCUUCUGUCCAGACACUAAAUAUAUUGUUUGGUACAGAAUAUUAUGAUGUCUCUGAGUCCACGGCUCACUUGGCUGGAGUGUAACUGUCGCCUCACAUCUGGCGCAGCACCGCUCUUUACGCGCGCCGCAUCAUUGGCCGACAACCCGCGCGUGUCACCGGGAAGACGGAUGAACCAGUAAACAGCUCGGAACGAAUACCAGCAUCCCGUUCGGUUCGGUCCCUGUGAUCGUUUCUUUUCCCUGCUGAACGGAGCUGUCCGCGGUGCUGAACCAUGAACCAAAGCGCGGGAGCGGCGCAGCACAGCCGGCGGUUCUCCAGCGACGAAAAGGACAUAGGAGCCAUAGGACCCAUCGGAGCAGACAGAAACUGGAAGGGCAUCUGCAUCUCCCUGCUGGUUAUCGCGGUAGUGCUUUCUCUCAUUGGUCUGUCCAUCUUUCUGCUGUCAAGGGAUGAUGGUGGUAAACCCUUUGGUUCCCAGUUGACAUUGGAUGACCUCUUUCAAAGAAACUUCCAAAUACAUGAUCCUGAAGCAAAGUGGAUCAGUGAGGAGGAGAUCAUCUUUCGGAGCUGGGAUGGAGACAUUCUGAAAGUCAGCACGCACAGCAACGAGACGGAGCUGCUGCUGAAGAACACAACAUUUUCAACUUUUAAGGCAACCAAGUUUUCAAUUUCUCCAGAUCUGAACUACGUUCUUCUGGGAUAUGAUGUCAAGCAGAUCUUCCAGCACUCUUUCUUGGCCUCGUACCUGAUCUACAACCUGUAUACAAGAGAGGUGCAGGAGCUGAACCCUCCGGAGGUGUCGGAUUCGGUCCUCCAGUUUGCCUCGUGGGGCAUUCAGGGCCAGCGGCUGAUAUAUAUAUUUGAAAACAACAUUUACUACCAAGCAGAUGUUCAGAGCAGCUCGUGGAGGCUCACGUCUUCUGGACAGGAGGGGGGAAUCUUCAACGGCAUCGCAGACUGGCUGUAUGAGGAGGAGGUGUUGCACACACAGGUGGCCCACUGGUGGUCACCUGACAGCUCCAGACUGGCCUACCUGAGCAUCAACGACUCCCUGGUUCCCAACAUGCUCCUGCCCCGGCUCACAGGCUCCCUCUACCCGAGGGGGAAGGAGUACCCGUAUCCAAAGAUGGGACAAAUGAAUCCCACCGUCAGACUCUACGUCGUCACUCUGGACGGCAGCUCCCUCACAACUGAGCUGAGACCUCCGGACAGUUUUAAAAAGAGUGAGUACUACAUCACCAUGGUGAAAUGGGUGGCUCAGGACAAGUUAAGUGUGCGUUGGGUGACUCGAGCUCAAAACAUGUCAAUACUUUCCUUGUGCGACGUCACAACAAGUGACUGCACCAAGAAACAUGUGGCGACAUCAGAAAAGUGGCUCGAUCGUCAGAAUGAAGAGCCGGUGUUUGCCAAGGAUUACACAACAUUCUUCAUCACGAUGCCCUUAAGACACGGCGGUCGCGGGGCAUUCAACCAUAUCACCAUGAUCUCUAACCAGUCUGAAGGCCAGGAGGUCAACCUGCGCCACCUGACCUCAGGAAGCUGGGAGGUCUCUCAAAUUCUGGCCUAUGAUGAGAGUGCAAACUCACUUUAUUUCCUAAGUGCGGAAGAAGGCUCAACACACCGGCAGCUCUACAGAGUCUCCACCCUGGAUCCAUUUCAUAAAGAAUGCCUCACCUGCGCUCUCUUCAAAUCAAAGUGCACCUACUACGACACCAUCCUCAGUCCGGACUAUCAACAUGUCCUCCUCAACUGCAGAGGUCCUGAAAUACCACAAACUACUCUUCACAGACUGAACGACAUGAACAAGUACAAGACUGUGGAAAUGAACGUAGUAUUAAGACAUGCGAUGAUGGACAAGAGGAUUCCCAAGUGGGAAAGAAGAACCGUUCAAAUCAACGACUUUGGACUUUGUCUGGAGUUGAUUGUCCCAGUAGGUUUGGAUGAAACAAAGGAGCACCCGUUGUUACUGAUUCUCGACAGCGCCCCCGGUGGUCAGGCUGUGAGCGACCGCUUCUCUCUCGGCUGGGACUCGGUGCUGGUCAGCUCUGACACCGUCAUCGUAGCUCGUCUGGACGGCCGGGGCAGCGGCUCCCAGGGUCAGAGGAUCCUGCACGAGGUUCACCACAGACUGGGAACUGUGGAUGUUCAGGACCAGGUCGCAGCUGUAGAGCACCUGAUCAGACUACCCUACAUCGAUGGCAACAGAGUUGGAGUUUAUGGAAAGGCGUAUGGAGGAUUUAUUUCAACUCUCCUACUCCUGUCCCACAGCUCCAUGUUCCGGUGUGGUAUUGCUGUCGCCCCCAUAACAAACUGGAGACUCCAUGGGUCGGCCUACACUGAGAAAUUCUUUGGCUCCCCGGCAAAAGAGGAUCUCAAAUACCAAAUUUCCAGUCUGCUCAGAAACAUCACAGCAUCAAAUCCUCUGAACCUUCGAAUUAUCCACGGAACUGCAGAUGCCACUGUUCAUUUCCAGCAUACUGCAGAGUUGGUCAAAACGCUGUCUGCGUCAAAUGUGAACUACACCCUGCAGAUUUUCCCUGAUGAAGGACACACUAUGGCCUCCACCAAGAGUCAACGCUACAUGCUGAACUCAGUGCUCACCUUCUUCAAGCUUUGCCUUGAGGAGGAGCAGGUUGACGCCCUGAAGAAAUCUAAAGACCGUGACUAACGUAACUAAGGAGCUCUUCACUGAGACAGUUUUCUGACUGUAAUUAGCCAACAAACAGAGGCUGUGUUCCGCUGAAGAAAAGCAUUACUAUGUGGGAUGUGUAGGGUUACAUGUGCUAGAACCAUGAUGGGGAUCCCAGGGUUGUAAUUAUUGAUUGUGGGAUUUAUGGUUGUAUUAUUGCUGGAUUCCGAUGCUUUAGAUUUUAGAUUUAUUCUUUGUAUCACGAACUGAGUACAAAUGUCAGGGAAUCAAAGGAACUUGUAUUUUUCCAUGUUACAGUAGAAUUGUUGCUGACUGCUGUUAUCUACUGUGAAUAUUUCGAUUUACUGCAAAGGCAACUUAACCUGGGCGAUAAAAUCACAAAACAACUUAUGCAGGUGCCUUUACCCCAUUGCAGUCAUCAUUAUUUCCCAAACGUAUAGCCAACGAGGUUUACACUCACAUUAACAUGCAGUCUCUUCAGGGAAUACAAUGGUUUAAAGCCCCAUCUACCUUUUAUCUUAACAACUUCAGGAAAAUGGAGUUAAAAAUGCUUUUGCUUUUCUGAUAAAUGGGCACACGCUAAUAACAUAGUUUAUAAACUAUUUGGGAUAUAAUAUGAUGACAGAGGGAUCAAAAGCCAUUAGUUGUGCGAGACCCUGUGGAGUUCAUCUACAGGCAGCCUUCUGCUAUUCUCUUCUGUGCCUGCUUUCUUCCACCAUUAUUAGUUUACAUUUUCAUUUUUUGGAUACCAGAGAAUGGAUAACUCUUAAUAAUAACAACCAUUAUUGAUCAAUGGUUAAUUAGGCCGCUGUGUCCGUGCACAACUCCCCCAUUGUGCUGCAGCAACCUGCAAAAUAUUUACGUUGACCGGUUAAAGUUGCAUGGUAAUGUAUGUAACACUUACAUCAAGAUUAAGACAACAAUUACAUCAGACUGAAUCAAUCAUUGUAAGUAUUAACCUGCUCUCUAAGAUAUUUUCAGAUUUACAGAGUGUUUAUUCAUAUUUAACAUUAUUACCUUAUAUUCAUCUUUUCCAACGUAUAUUACAGCCAUCCAGAUACAUUUUUCGACCUGGUUAUAACUAUUUAUUGAUAAUAAAGUUAAUUUUCUUUGCCAGUCAAAUUAAUUAAUUAGCAAUUUACCAUUUAUUAAUAAUGGUCACAUUAGCUUCUCCCAGUUCCCUUUGGUAAUGUACCCAUGAAUUUGUAAAGUCAACUAUCACUUGAUUUUUUUUUCAUUCCAAACCGACACCAAGUCAUAACCAUUUGACAUUAGCAUCAAACUACCAACUACACUGGGGCGACCCGGAUUGGUUGCCCGUUCAUGAAUGAGUCCAAUCAAAGGUGGAUGCCUUUUGGCAGUCUCACUAUGUUCUUAGGAACGGCCAUGGCUGGAUUCGUCCCUAUUACAUGCACCGUCUAACAUCCCAGAAUGGGAAAAGUGUUUGAAAAGGGCAGAAACCGGAGACAUGUAUGUUUUAAUAAUACUGGUGUAUUAUAUACAGUGUGCUUUGUGUAUGAAUCACCAUACCCUCCUUGAGUAGGAUGUAGCAAACAAAAAGAUUUCCUGACCAUGAUCCUGAGCUGCUUACACUUCUGCACUGGCUUUAUUCUGUGUUGUCUGCAAUUGAUUCCUGAUAUAUAUAUAUAUAUAUAUACUUUGUGAAAUAAAUUAUUAAACAAGA